AGUCUUCUAAAGUCCUCAGGACAGCCCUAUUGGCUAAAUUUUGAAACAACUCCUAGGUUAGGAUUGAGAAAGGUGAAACAGACCGCUUCUAGGCAUCAGAUCAAGAAUUUGGCUGAUUUAGGGGGCCGGGAGGAGGCGAAGGGGCCGGCCGGGCAGCCUGCUGGCGCAACCUUCAUCUUCGCAUUUGCGCCUGCCCAGGCGAAGCGAGCUCAGUGCGCGUGCGCUCAGGCGGGUUCAAAACUCCCGCCGUGCGUCCCUCCCUCCUGCUGCAAGCGUCGGUCCCGGCUCCGCGCUCGACGCCGGCAGAAGAAUGCUAGUGAGAGACGGGCCAACGCUCCCGGCCCGACUCGGGCCUCUCUUCAGGCACUGACCGCCAGUCCCUCUCCUUUACAGGGUAAACUUGCCUCCAACCCAGAGUCUCCGAGCGCCCCAGUCCCCGACGGCGUCGCGGCGGGCACGAGUGCCUCCCCUGGACGCCCGGAGAGGCUCCCGCGGCCGUGCGCGCCGCCAGGGCUGGAGGAGGCGCUGAGUGCGCUGGGGUUGGAGGGAGAACGCGAGUACGCUGGGGACAUCUUCGCUGAGGUCAUGGUGUGCCCCGCGCUGCCCGGGAGGGCCCUGCCCCGCACCGUGACUCCGGAGAUGCGCGCCCUAGUGGUGGACUGGCUGGUCCAGGUGCACGAGUACCUGGGCCUGGCGGGGGACACACUUUACCUGGCUGUGCACCUGCUCGAUUCCUACCUGCGCGCGGGCCGAGUGCGCCUACGCCGCCUGCAGCUGCUGGGAGUGGCCUGUCUGUUCCUGGCGUGCAAAAUGGAAGAGUGCGUGCUUCCCGAGCCCGCCUCCCUCUGCCUCCUGAGCGCAGGCUCCUUCUCGCGGGCGGAGCUGCUUCGAGCGGAGCGCCGCAUUCUGAGCCGCCUGGAUUUCCGGCUGCACCAUCCCGGCCCGCUGCUCUGCCUGGAACUGCUGGCCGCGUUCACCCUGUCGCCCUGGCAGGUGAUGCUACUGGCCACCUACUUCUUGGAGCUGUCACUGCUGGAGGCUGAGGCUGCGGGAUGGGAGCCUGGUCGCCGAGCCGCUGCGGCGCUGAGUCUGGCACACCGUGUGCUCGAUGGGGCGGGCUCCAGGCUGGAGCCGGCGCUUUACAGGGGUAAGAGGAUGGCCGUGUCUGUGCUGACUCGGGGACUCUUAAAGAAGAUGAGGUCUUCCCAGUCUCCGAGGGCUGAGCUCCAGGUGUCUUGUCAACUGUGAGCCUCCAGCCCCUUCCCUGCCUCCUUUUUUCCAUCUCUCCGCCGCCGCAGCCCCACGG